UCAACUUGUAAGUCAAUUAUGGUUGACAAUGGUUUGCACUAAAACACAAAUCUGAGCUUGGAAUCUCAGAAAAGCAUGACGCCAAAUUACGCAAUAAGCCCAACAAUCCUACGCCGAUCACGAUGAGAACAACGUCGGAGUUCAUGGACAAGCAGAUUAUGGAACUUUCUAGAUCCUACUCCGACGACUUCUCUCAGCUCACAUACCCUCCUCAUCCUCAUCCUCAUCAGCUAGAAAACGACGACGACGACGACGAGCUCUCCAGCUUUCAUUUCCGCCCCGUAGGGCAGCAGUCACGCGCCUCCACGCUCGAGAUUCGUGGUUCUAUGGAUCAAACUGAACGUGCGAAAUCCAGGGACUUGGCGAUGAUUUCGGUGAUUGAUGGGAAGAUGAACCAGCAUUUUGGCAAUUUGAUGCAUGCGGUGGAGGGUCUCAGCGCACGAGUCUCUCAGCUGGAGACUCGGUUGCGCCUGGUAGAGAAUUCUGUUGACGACUUGAAGGAUUGUUCUGAUGUUAACUAUGGCAAGACUGAUGGGAAGCUGAGGGAAGUAGAACACAUUUUGAGAAAGGUUGAAGGUGGUAUGCAGGAUUUGAGAGAUAAGCAAGAGAUCUCAGAGGCUCAGCUGCAGCUUGCAAAACUUCAAAUGCUUAAGGAUCACCAGAAGUUGGAACAAGAAAGGAGCAAUGUGCAAACAACUUCCGCGUCAUCUGCUCCUCAGAAAUCCCACCAAUCAUAUUCAACUCCUGUUGUUCCUCAUCAAUCCCACCAAUCAUAUUCAACUCCUGUUGCUUCUGUACAACAUCCUUCCCUUCCUCCUGAUAUUGCCCCAACCCUGACCCAUCAGAACUUUCCACCAGCACCUACAGCAGCUCAGCUUCCAGCUCAGUCAUCUCAGUAUCAAACUCCUUAUAGUCAACAGCCAGAUUCUAACUACUCGGCACCUGUGCUGAAUCCACCCACAACUCAGGCAUACUAUAUGUCUCAAGUUCAGCAGUCGCAACCACCUCCCACAGCACCAUAUCAACCCUAUCCAGCAGUACCACAUCCUUCACAAACAUCACAUUUUCAGAAGCAGAGUCAACUUCACCCGCCUCUCAAUGCUCCUGAUCCACAAGCCCAGUAUUCAUCGAUUCACAAUCCAGCAGAAACCCCGUAUGGGUUAUCUCAAAGCUAUCCCCAGAGCAUCCACAAAACCUCUAGUGUGCCUGGCAUGGUUCUACCAUCACAACAACAGUUUGAGGGUUCCAUGCAGUAUACACAUGACCCAUCUACUAGAAAUUACAGCACAGACUUCUCCCCUGGAAAUAUGCAACCAGUUCAACGUUCAAGCUACGAUGACUUUUAUUCCCACGGCGGAUCUCCUUCUCACUACAGUGAUUCAAAAAUGAAACAGUCGCAAGUAUCACCAUCCUCUUCGGUCGCUUCUGGUGGAAGCAGUUUCUCAAGACUGCCAACUGCAAAGGUAUUGCCGUAUGCAUUACCCAUGGCUGCCAGUGUGGAUAAGGAGUCAGAUUCUGGCGGGACUGGAAACCGUGUUCCAGUUGAUAAUGUCAUUGAUAAGGUUGUAGCUAUGGGAUUCCGAAGGGACAUAGUCAGAGCAACAGUGAGGAAAAUGACUGAGAAUGGGCAGGCAGUGGACCUUAAUGUUGUGCUGGAUAAACUGAUGAACAGUGGAGAAGUUCAGUCCCAAAGUGGUGGAUUUGGCCAGUAACGUGGUUCCCCCGUUUCUGAUUUGAUCUAUGAUCAAUAUGGACCUGUAUGAUCCUAUAUAUUCACUUGCUCUUUUGUUGUGUGCUUCUCUAUCAUGUAAUAUACCAUGUCUUUUCUUUUUCAUGUUUGCAAUGUAAAUAGAACGAGUAAUGAUGUUUGACAUGUGUUCUAUGAAUGUACAUUCUGGAAGAUACUCUACUAGGUUUUCCUGUUGUUGUUUA